UUUAAAGAAAAUAUUUGCCAAACAUGCCAUAGGAAACCAUUACUCCGAUAUUUAAACCCACACAAACACCGUAUAAGUCGGGGAUGCCGGGAAAUCUUCUGCGCCGGCUCGCCGUCGCGACUACUCAGGGAGAUUUGAACAUGUAUAGAACAGUGGGGGUUUGUAACAGAGUAUAUAGUGUUGGUUUAUUUGGACAGCUGAAUAGAUGUUUUUCAUAUUCUGCGGUUGAUAUGGCUUCUAAAGAUGGGGAACUUAGGGUCUUUAUAGUUGCUGGAGAGGUUUCUGGAGACGCUAUCGGUGCUCGCUUGAUGGCUUCUUUGAAAAACCUCUCCCCUUUCCCGACACGCUUUGCUGGUGUUGGAGGGGUUAUGAUGUCCAAACAAGGGCUAAAAUCUAUAUUUCCAAUGGAGGAUAUAGCAAUAAUGGGGAUCUGGGAGCUAUUGCCACAUCUACACAAGUUUAGAGUUUGUUUGAAACAUACAGUCAAGGCAGCAGAGUUGUUUCAACCUCAUGUUGUAGUGACAAUAGAUUCGAAGGGGUUCUCAUUUCGUCUUCUAAAGCAAUUACGGGUUAGAUAUGCUCAGCAAGGAUUGGUUGGCCCUCCACAGUUCCACUAUGUAGCACCAUCAUUCUGGGCCUGGAAAGGUGGUGAAAAGAGACUUAGAGGGCUUGCUGAGUUUGUUGAUCAUGUUUUGUGCAUUCUCCCAUUUGAGGAGGAAGUUUGCAAAGUAAAUGGAUUACCUGCAACUUUUGUGGGCCACCCAACACUGGAAGAUGUUUUAGAGUUGAAGUUGGAAAGGAAUGAUGCAACUGAGUGGGAGGUUCUAGGAAAUGCCAAAAAAUUUAGAAGUGAAUAUGGAAUAUCCUCAGGAUCCACUGUUGUUACCCUGCUUCCUGGGAGCAGAUUACAAGAAGUUACCCGGAUGCUUUCUGUCUUCUCGAGCACUAUGGAAAUUCUGAAGAGCUCAUUUACAAAGUUGACCGCAGUAAUUCAUGUAGCACCUAACAGGAAUGUGGAAGACUAUAUCCGCAAAGUUGUUGAUGAGUGGUCUAUUCCAGUUGUAUUAAUUCCAGGGGAAAUAUCACGCGUCAAGUAUGACGCAUUUGCUGCUAGCAGAGUAGCAUUAUGUACGUCAGGGACAGUGGCUUUGGAGUUGCAGCUUGCACGGUUACCAUGCGUAGUUGCAUAUCGAGCGCAUCUAUUAACUGAGCUGUUCAUACGUUAUAAAGCUAAAAUAACACACAUCUCCCUGCCAAAUAUUCUUCUGGACUCGUCUGUAAUUCCUGAAGCUCUCUUCACAGCGUGCACUCCCUCAAAGCUGGCAACAUUGCUCAUGGACCUCAUAAACAAUCAAGCCUGCCGAGAAGAGCAGAUUGCUGCUGCUAAAAAGGUUAUUGAGUUAUUGCAUCCAGUGAAACGCCUUGAAUAUAUUAACUCAGGAUCUCCGCUGUUUUCUUACACACCAAGUUCUAUCGCUGCCCAUACUGUUUUACACACUCAGAGAAUUGUAUGAAUAGCAUCUAAUCGAUCAACUUCAAAGUACUGCAGCUGCUCAGAAUGGAUUCAAUACAACAGUUGGGCUGAAGGAGAAACUCUCUUGAAGGUCCAUUUUUGCAUUUUGUCUUGCUGAAAGGCACUUUAGUGGUCUGCAAGGCUAUGUAAAUUGUACUUCACAAACACAGUUGUUUCAAGACCUUCAACAUUUUUAUCGUUUGGAUAAUUAGCUACUCUGAAGUGCAGUAGCACAAAAAAUGAUAGAAUACUGCAAUAGAGCGAUCUUUGUUUUCAUAA